GACUACUAGUGCAUCAGCGACUUCUACCAGUGCCCCACUCUCACGCACCGCAACGGAUUGCAGUGGUGCAGGUGCUACUGAUCCCGAAGGAGGUAGUACAAAGACCACCGUUGUCCCGUUCUCGGAGGUACAACCGAGAGGUGGAUCCAGUCACGCCUGUAGUGCACCAAACUCCACUAGCGCGAUGCAGAAUUAUGCAAGAAAUGACACGGUGGAACAAGUUGAAGCACCUGCGCCCCCUUCAUCGACGUUGGCAACCAACUUCAUCGCCCCGCCAGCUUCCCCGUCCACGGCUGUGCAGACGUUCCUGCAGAAAGCGACGAGAAAGCUGGUUGUCAACAAGUCCAAGGCUGUUUCGGAAGACGACUGGCGGGGACAAGUGCGAUUUCUCGCCCUGCUCGCAUCCAGUAACGUUGCUCACACGC